UGAUCGCAGCGACAGUGAAAAGGGCUCGGAAUCAUAGCAGCCACACAUUUAUCCCGGCAGUUGUCGUUGCAGCCAAGAAGGCAGAUAGUCCGAUUUCCCGCAAUCGUCUGCUAUUUAUCCCUUUUCCUUUAAUUUCCGAAUUCAUCGUUUUUAGUUUUCUGUCGCGUCCACUAGGCGACUAAAAUCGUUUGGUUUUAUUCUGACUGGUGCAAGUUUGAUAAAAUUGCGCUAGAAUUUGUGGAAGUUAAGAGAAUGGAAGCAGACUCAAAACGGCCAUCUGGUGUUUAAGCAGAAGUGUUAAAAAUUGUCUUUGAUUGGUAUGCAGGCAAAAGAUGAAAAUUUUUCUCUAUUAGGAACUGAAGAUCAAAAGGCGUCCUCGUCAGAAAAGGUCGAUCAGUCGAAAGGCGCGAGACCGAAGGUAAGAAAUCCAAAAGAAGCAAAACGUAGAAGAUUUGUUAUGAAGCAAGCAAAGACAAUCUCUAAGCCACAACCAUUAGAAAGCGUGUCAGAAACAGAAGAAUCUCAAAUACUCCUACCAAAAGCAAAUCCUCUUCAAACGGAGAUAAGUCCUAGCAAGAAAGGAUCAGAAUUUUUCGGCGUUCGGUCUUACGUCCACACGUUUUACGAAGCAAUGGCAAUGGACAAUCCACACGGAUAUGAAGACAUCGAAAACCCGUUCGGAUAUAUCAUGCCGGUUAGGAAACGGAGGAAACAGAUUUUGUGCUGGAGGAUUCUCUUUGGAUCCGGUUUGUUCAUACUUUGCGUGGGUCUCGUCGCUCUUUUAGUUGGUUUUCUUGUGCCAAAGAGGAAGGAGAUUGUCGAUUCGCAAGAGGACAUUGAAAUCAUCGAUCGCUAUGACCAGGCCUUUAACCAAGAUCUAGACACCUGCAAAGUGGUUGGUAUCAUACUAUUCUGCACCGGAGGAAUACUUGUUACAGUGGUACUGCUGGCAUUGACUGUGUUAUGGAAAAGUAAAAGAGACGACCCCUUAUCGCUCGAAGAGUUGCCACUUACCACCAAAGAAAUAGAUCAGAUCCCGAACACUCCUAUGGAUGUAAAGGUACCAGCGACUGAAGAAGUAAGUGCAGUGCAACCAAAAAGAGUAGAUCCUGAUGAGGUUGUCAUGACCAAUGCUGGACUGUGCAAGAUACCAUAAAAAUAGGCUUCGUUACCGUUUAGAUGUAAACAUUUUGGUAAUUACUCAUAAUGAUCUCAACAGGUCUUUAAUGUUUUAAGUAACUGUUCGAAGUAAUUCUGCGCUGUUACGGAGCAAUUCUGUGAGAAUGCUUUAAUUAUGUAUGCUCGGAGACUUCGGCAUUUACUUACUAUGUUCUUAAGUUAGUAGUAUUUCUAUUUUUUUCAAGUUUUGUAGCAACGCGAUCCUUUUCGAAAGUCUAAUGCAAAACGGUUUUAAGAAAUUGAAAGCAAUCUCUGAUAAGAAAAAAAAAAUUGAUAUGAUUAGUUGUUACGCAGUGAAUAAUUGCAGUACAAUCGGACAAAAUAGUAAAGAAACAUUUUAUGUAACUUUAAAAUAAAGAAUGUUUUUGGUAAAUUCAGUAAAAUAUUUGCGUUUUCUCUAGACAAAAACUUUAAUACUUCACAUGUGUAAAAAAGAAACUUCAGAAUUUAAUUAAUUUUUUUAAUGAAAAUGUAGUAGUUCUAGCUUACCCUUACGAAAUUUAGUUUGUAAUUUGAGGAUACUCUUCGAAAUCUCUUUCGUUCUAUGUAAUAAUGCUUUUUAGUGAAAAAUGUAUAAAAUUUUUCAGAGUUAUUUGUGACCUACAUGUAAGAUAUACCAUUUUGUAACAGUUGUUCAUCGCUUUUUAGUUACGUUUUGGCUAUUAUUAAGAAUGUCCUGUAUUGCCUGUCAUGAAAGUAUCUCAAAAUGCCAAAGUGCAGAAAAGCCACAGUUUUAUGAAAAUAAAAAAUUUCUUUGAUUUAUUUUUUCAAUUUUCAAAAAGUAGACCCGUGGGG